AGAGCCCGGGUCUUGAGUUCUUGUGUUCCAUUUUUUUGAUAUUGUGAAUAUUUUCUUUUUAUGUUUCAGUAUUAAGCCCAGUCUGUUAAUAGACUUGUCUCAACCUUUUGGAUAACUUUGGCAGACACAACUUCCUUCCCAGACUGACCUGACCUGGACACCCACCAUGCACAACAGCACCGCCGAAAUUCCGCACGCGGCUGAGACGCGUAACGAGACUUGGCCCAGCCAGUCGCCGAGCUCCCAGUUCUCCCUGGGUGUGUUGGUGCUGCUGGCUUUCCUCAUGGUGUUGCUGUGUCUGCUGACCAUCCUUGGCAACAUGCUGGUGAUCCUUGCUUUCAUUAUGGACAGGAACCUCAGGCAUCGGAGUAACUAUUUCUUUCUGAAUCUUGCUGUUUCUGACUUUGCAGUGGGUGUGUUCUGCAUGCCCCUCUACAUCCCUUACAGCCUGACAGGGAAAUGGCACUUGGGAAGAGGCAUCUGCAAGCUCUGGCUGGUCAUGGACUAUCUCCUCUGCACAGCUUCAGUGUUUAACAUUGUUCUUAUCAGCUAUGACCGUUUCCUGUCAGUUACAAAAGCUAUAUCUUACAGAGCCCAGCAGGGAAUAACAUCCAACCCUGCCAUCAAGAUGGUGGCCAUCUGGCUACUUGCCUUCCUCCUGUACUGCCCAGCCAUCCUGUUUUGGGAGCAUGUGGCCGGACACAGCGUGGUACCGGUGGAUCAGUGCUACGCCGAGUUCUUCUACAACUGGUACUUCCUCCUGUGUGCAUCCACCCUGGAGUUCUUUGUGCCCCUGCUCCUGGUGACCUACUUCAACGUGCACAUCUUCCACAACAUCCAGCGGCGGCAGCGGCGCGGCAGCGUGCAGGACGGUGAGCCUCCCAGGAGCAGCAGCCUGUCCUGGAUGUUCUGUGGCUUGCCAAGGCCAGGGGCAUCAUCUCCUUCAUCAGAAGCAGAGGACAGUGUUUCUUCUUCCAUGAGACCAAAGAAAGAGUCUUUGGGAACUGACUGCUCAUCUCCACCCACAGACAAUUCUGUAAUCCCAGGAAAUGACUUUUCUGCUUCUUUCUGUGCAAAGACCAGAUCAAAACUGCAAUGGGACAAGAAAAUAGCGAAGUCUCUUGCCAUAAUUGUCUGUGUGUUUGCCAUUUGCUGGGCCCCAUACUCUUUAUUAAUGAUUAUCCGUGGGCCCUGCCAGGGAACUUGUGUCCAUAACUUCCUGUAUGAAGCAACCUUUUGGCUUUUGUGGAUCAAUUCUUCAUUGAACCCAUUUCUUUAUCCUCUCUGUCAUGUUAAAUUUCAAAUGGCUUUUCUGAAGAUAUUAUGUCCCAAAAAGUUUGCAACAUUGAGAUCAGGUUCUUUUUAGAGGUCCAAGAGGAGCUGGA